AUGAAGCGACAGGUAAAUGAAGAGAAGCCCAACGUUGAAGUGAAGGUGGAUCCAUGGGAAAAGGUCGAUCCAAGUCUGUAUGCUUUUGCAAGGUUUGCAAAAGUAUUUGCAAAAGAUGAGACGGAGAACAACCUGCUGGCCAAGGUAGGGGUUACCGGUUUUUUAAAAGGUUUAUCCAAAGUAUGACUAACACUGUAAGACCGCUAUAUGUUUAUUCUAGUGUCGUCCCUCUUAAGCUUCCCCAAAAUUAAAGAAAUUACCUUAGCCCCGAAAUGGGGCUAAGGUAGUACAGUCCAGUUUAGCCCCCCAUGACCCAGUACAAACUCCCUCGUCCAUUCUAAAUCCCAAAAUUUAUUUCAAAGAAUUAAUCCAAGUUGUAUGGUCCAGCACAAGCCCCCUACGUUUUAGAUGAAGCCCCCUACGUUUUAGAUCAAGCCCCCACUUACAUUUUUUGUAUUAUUCUAAUUUGUUCAUUAUGUGGGGUGUGAAACGGGCAAAACAGUGGGGGUUUGAACUACCUUUCGUGGGGGGCUCAACUACCGAAGCCCCAAAAUUCUGUCUAGGUUGAAACUAUAAUUUGUCCUGUAGAAAACGUUGUCCUCUGUCUCUCUGCUACUGAAAUCACUCCUUUAGAUUGCUGAUCCGAAUAUUAUGUCAAGACCCUACAGUUUCCGCUGUUGUACUUCAAUUACUAUCAGUGAGUCGCAGGAUACAAAGCAAACAAGUAGGCAUUCGCAAGAGAGCCCUAAAAUAUAGCACUUUUUUCAGUUUUCCAAGUUAAGUCAAAGUUUUCUGAGGGUUCCGAGUUUGUUUACAAAAUCAACAACGUCCCAGAUCUCAUCAUAGCUCUUGUUAUGGUCAACAGAAUGCUACAAAAUUCGGAGGACCUCAGAACUAUCAGUCUUGAUAUCCAUGCGUACCAAAAUCAAAUUGAAUGGUUCACAACUGAGGUUGCUGAAAAGGCUGGCAGGAUAAUCAAGGGUAAAGUAUUAUAAAUCGUUUCUUUAGUCAAGGAGUUCCACGUUUUCAGAGUCAGGCCUGCCGUUUAAAUUCAAAUUGUUCAUCUCACAAGACACCAGUGAGCUGGAAUUGAUACAGUUCGGCCCGUUCAUAAAGCAACUUCGGGAUCUUUUAGAAACUGUGUUCUGUGGAGUUGCGUAUUUGCCACUGCUUCGGGGCGCUAAGCUCAACUAUUUAUCGGUUUAUGGUAGAGAAAAUGAGGGAAAGUUUGGUAAGAAUACUUGAUUACAUAUUUUGAACCAUUGAAAAUUUGUUUUGAGGCUGCCUUUGCAGGCUAUAGCAUUUAAUUUUUUCAGAUCUUGAUGACUUGUCUGCCCUGGAAUCUAAGGAAAUCAGCUUCUUGUUAUGUUCACUUUCUCUGAACGAUUUUUACGAAAAAAAGUAGGGUGAAUAUUUCUUAGGAGUUUACGUAUUUUGAGAUUUUUCCAGAUAUCCGCCAGUAAUGCGCACCGAGGCCCUGACAUGCAAAAUUCCCUUGGCCACCGAAAAGAUAAGAUUCUUCGAAAAAGUGUUUGGAAAUAUCGCCAAGACUUUUCCACAACUGAAAGAGAUCUCUCUUCAUUGCCAGAUCGAUAUUACACGAAAAGACACGGCGGUAGAUAGAAAAGUCGAACUCAUCGCAUUAAACAUCAACAAAAACUUUGAAUUAACGCCAUGGAAGUCAGAAAUAAACAGCGAGAUUCUCGUUUUCUUUGAAGCCAGACACCAUUUUGAAAAUGUUGUCAGAAUUUUGAAGAAGAUGGUGCCUGGAUUAAAAAGCGGUACACCCGUGUGCCGGGAUAGCGACGAUGACGUGAUGGAAACUCUUGAGAUGAGAGAAUUGGACAAGAAAGUCUUGAUUAUCAAACUCUACCGAGAGCUGCGACCUGGAGCCUGGGAGUCUUCCGGAAUAACUGACGUUGGUGCAUCUGCGUAA